UGAAGAUGAAACACCAUCACCAUUAACAAAUGCAACAACAUCAAAAGAUGCUCCACAGAAUAUAUCAACAACAAAUCUAUCACGAACUGUAUCAAUGUCAAAUAUUUCACGUGUUAGUUCACGUAUUGAUCAAACAUUCAAACAGUUUGCAACCAGAGUACAGGUGGCUAAUAAAUUAUCCAAGGCUAAACGUAAAGAGGAAAAUAUGGCGAUCAAUGCUGGCACAUUAUUGGAAGAACCAAGUUGUCGAACCAAAUCGAUUAAAAAAAUCCAAAAACAAUUAUCACCUUUCAUACAACAGCAACAACAACAGAGCAAACAAUUUUAUCAUGAUCAAGAUGGUAAUGUUAAAGAAGGUGUCAUUAGUGGCGGUAAUCUUGUAUUCGAUGUUGAUUAUCCACUGUCGAUUAGUGAUUCAAAACGAUCUAUUUCACGUCCAUAUAUCUAUUUAACAGCGGAUGUUGAAAUGAAAAAUAUUACAGAAAUUUUAUUCGAUGAAUGGCACGUAUCAAUGCCACGUAUUGCAUUAUUCCUGCUUUCCGAUCCAGAUCAUUUUCGUACAUGGAAUAAUCCAAGACAAAUGGCUUCAUUUCGUACCGGUGUUAUGAAAGCAGCUAAAACUACAAGUAUGUGGCUUGUAACCAAUGGUCUUGAUAUCGGUGUUGGUAAACUGAUUGGUGAUGCAUUGAUUGAAGAACAAAAUGAAAUGCAAACCUAUCGUUCGUCAUUUGAAAAAUCACGAAAACAUUUCCCCAUCAUUGGCAUUACAAAUGAUUUUAAUCUAAGUUAUACACAAGAAUUUUUCGGUCCAAAUAUUCAGCUCAGUAAACCGGGCCCAAUACCAAAUCAACGUCGUUAUGAAUUGAAUCCAAUGCAUACAAAUUUCAUCGUACUUCAAAGUUCAAAUUCUGAUGAUUGUUAUCAUAAUUUAAUGAUUAAUCUUAUUGAUCAUCUAACUAAACGAACGAUAUCUUCAACGGAACAAUUAUACAAUGAUAAUGAUAAUGAUGAUCAUGACCACCAUUAUCGUGAUUCAAAUAUUCCACCACAAUUUCGUUCACAUUAUAUACCAUCAUCUGGUGAUCGUCAACAAUCAAAUAUUAUUCGUCGACGAAGAAAAAUGCAUUCAUCAUCGAAAAAACUACCUCAAAAAUCGCAACAACAACAAGCCACCAAUUUAGAUAUAAUUGUUCGUCCAUCAUAUGGACAGAAAACCAAUUGUUUUGGUUACGAUCAAGAUAUGGUUGAUGCCGAAUCAGAUGAUGAUGAUGAUGAUAAUAGUGAUGAUGAAAAAUUUGAUGAAGAUCAACAUUCAUUCAUUAGCCCAGAAGGUACUGUGGUUUAUGAAGAUGAUGUAAGUGGUGCAAGACCAAUGUCACCAAUGUUGGAAAAUGAUUCAAGAUCAAUGAAAGAAACGAAUGAAAAAAUGAUACCAGUCGUAUGUCUGGUAAUACAAGGUGAUUAUCAUUGUGCUAAACUAGUAUUGGAUAAUAUACGUCGCCGUAAUCCAAUUAUUGUUCUUCGUGGAUCCGGCGGUUUUGCUGAUCUUCUUUCCUAUGCCUAUAUUGAAAUGCAACAUCGUUGCCGUGAUUUGUAUCAUGCAUGGGACGCUGAAUUUGUUGAACAAACAUUGAAACCAUUACUAGUGCAGAAAAUUGUCAAACAAUUUCCUGAAUUUCGUAAUAAUGCUAUGGCAAGAAAUACAUUUCGUGAUCGUAUUAUUGAAUGUGUCCGUGAAUCUGGAUCACCACGUGGACGUGUUUAUCUUUCCAUAUUGAAUAUGCACAAUUCUAGUUGUGAUUUAACAAAUCUAUCAGAAUUUAUAUUGUUAUCAUUAUUUAAAUCACAACAUCGUCGUGAUAAAUUAGAUUCUAGUUUAAUACGAAAAGAUCUCUAUCUAACAUUGGAUUGGAAUUGUCCAUUGGUUGCAUUGGAUGAAGUAUUAUCACGUAAUCCAUCAUAUAAUCUUCAAUUGGAAAAAUCAAUAUUUGAAUUAGCCGUAUUGAAAUCAAAUCGUGAAGAUUUUGUUGAUCUUUUUCUCACGCAUGGUUUUAAAAUACAUAAAUACUUAACACCAUUUCGUUUGAUUCGUUUAAUUCGUUAUAGUCUGUUGGAAUCGGAUUUCUUUCGUACAGUUUGUAUGGAAGCCAUACUUGGUGUACCAGUAUGGUCAGAUAAUUUUGAAGAAUUAUUAGGACGUUUAGCAUCACCUAGUCAUUCGAAUAUUGAUCCGGAAAAAUUUAUUUCCAAUGAAUUUAAUCAAUUAAUUUUUACUACGACAUCGUUACAUAAUUUUGUUAGUCCACAUGAUAUGUGUCUAAACAUAAUGGGAAUGUAUCAGGUGGAUGCCGGUUCCUCUGAACGUAAAGCAUUAGCAACAUUAGCUAUGUGGGCGGUUUUUAAUCGUCGUUUUAAAUUGGCUGAAAUUCUUUGGAAACAUUCGGAUCAACCUAUCCACCUCGGAUUGAUAUUAUCGAUGAUACUCGAUCGUAUGGCAUGGUUUGUGUCGGAACAAAAUAUCAAAGAUGAUUUACAAAAUGAAUCGAAAAUUUUCGCUAAAUUUGCUAUCGAUGUAUUGGACGCAUGUUAUCGUAAUGAUGAACAACGUGGUUAUGAUUUAUUGGACCAGAAAAAUUCCGAUUGGGAUCAACAAACCGCAGUGGAUAUAGCAGCGAAUGGUAGUCAUCGUGCAUUUAUUGCACAUCCUUGCUGUCAGAAAUGGCUCACUAAUACAUUCAAUGGACGUAUUCGUGUACGUGAAUUAAGCUGGGGCUUCUUGACAAUACCACCAGUCAUCAAGAUUAUUGUUUCGGCUUUUUUCAUAUUGCCAAUGUAUAUUUGGAUUCGAUUUCUUGAUACAAAUCAUAAAUGGACUGAAUAUAAAACAAAACUUUUAGAAGAAUUCAAUCAAGCUGAUGAUUCAAACGAUAGUAAUGAUGAUGAUGAUGAAUUCCUAGCGAAAGCAGUAGAUGAAUUGAAAUUAAUACCAUUGAAUUCUGAUCAUAAAGCUAUUGAUGAACGACGACGAAGAAAUCCCGAUGAAAAUGUGAAAAAAUCCAACAUAAACUUGAAUGAACAAUUAUUUGAUAAUCAAUUAACAAUUUCAUCAUUGGACGAUAAAGUACGUGCAGCAUUAACACGUUGGAAUCGUAAACGACAAAAACAUUACGGCCAUCAUCGUACGGAUCAAGAACGUGGCAGUAGUAGUAAAAAUAAAUCAUCAUAUGAUCGUGAAAGAAACAAUCUAUUCAUCGAUAAACAGCCACCAUUAUUUAAGAUGAUUAAUUUACUUUGGAAUUCACCGAUUACGAAAUUUUGGACCUAUCAUGUUUUCUAUAUUAUCUAUCUUGCUCUUUUAAGUUUAGCAUUAAUAUGGCCUGGCUGUGGUGAAUGGCGAUUAGAUUUAACCGUUUGUGUUUGGACCUUUUUAAACAUAAUUGAACAUAUACGUCGUGUUUAUGUUCUUUAUCGUCGUUAUACAUCGGUACCAAUGUUUUUUCGUAUUUUGGAAAGCAUUCUAUUGAUAAUAUUCUGGCUUACGUAUACAUGGGGACGUGUACUGAUCGUUUAUUCAUAUUCAAUACAUGGUCAUCUAUUUUCUCGUUAUAAUAUUGAUCCAUACACAAUGAAAGUUAUACUUAGUGCCGGUUUACUUUAUUUUUAUUAUCGUUUAUUCUACAUUUAUCUGCCUAUAUCACCAACGCUGGGUCCAUUAUUGUAUCGUUUCAAAUUGAUGGUAUCUGUUGAUUUUAUUCAUUUUAUGCGAAUGGCACUGAUCCUAUUGAUUAGUUCGGGUAUAAUAAUUCAAGCAUUGUUAUAUCCAAAUACCGAACUUAGUCGUGAAAUGUUUCAUAAAGCCAUCCAUCGAUCUAUUGUUUCAUUAUUUACAACACCUGUUGAUGAAUUGACACGUAAUUGUACGAUUAAACCACCGAAACAUCUAUCAACAACAACGACGACACCAAAAACAAACGAUGCAGAUAAUACAUUUAAAUCGAUGGCUAAUUUGACAUCAAUUUUUCUUCAAACCGUCAUACUUGGUACUGAAUCAUUGAAUGAACCGAUAAAUCGUGAAGAAUUAUGUCCAGUGAAACCGAUACCAAUGUCACAAUCAUGUCCAGUAUCCGGUUUUUGGUCAUAUGCAUUUACAUUUCAAUUUUUAAUUUGUCUAAAACUGAUCCUAAUGACACUGCUGUAUGCACUAUUUGCAUCUACUGCAACUAAAUUACAAACCGAGACGGAUAAUAUUUGGAAAUAUCAACGUUAUAUUUUAGUCAUUGAUUUUGCUAAUCGUCCUGCUUUACAUGCACCAUUAAGUUUAUUUAAAUAUGGCUAUGUUCUUCUCAAAUUUUGGUACAAUAUCCUAACAUUCCCUUGUAAUUGUUGUCGAAAUCGAUUGAAAAAGAAGAACAAUCGUAUCGGUGAUACAAUCGAUUCUUCAAGAGAAGGAGUAUUUCUUGUUCAAGAUGAUAAUGGUAAUGAUGGUAGUAGUGGUAGUGGCGAUAAUUACAAAAAACGUUUAUCAAAAGAAGAUUAUAAUUAUUGGCGUCAUUUGGCUAAAGCAAUUUAUGAUGAACAACAACGUAAAGAAGAUGAAAAAGAUGUUAUCAGUAAACAAACUGAUACGAUUCAAUUAAUUUGUGAAGAAUUGGAACAUGAAAAAACUAUUCUGCGUACAAUUAAAACUAAAAUGAAUGAAUUUGAAAGAAUGAUGUAUCAGACACAAAUCUGUUUGGAAACAAUUAAACAUAUCGAUACAUCAUCCGCCAAUGUUGGUGGUGUUGGCAUCAUUGGUGAUUCUUGUCAAACAUUAUUGCGACCAAAACAACAACAACUGCAUAAACGUACGAUUGCAACAGCCACAACAACAAUUCAACGAUCAACCACAAUGAUGGAUUUGACAAAUCAAUCACAAAUACAAGCGAUUGGCUUACAUUAUCUGGCUAGAUUAUCACCAUAUGCUGGUACAAGAAUUCAACGAUUUCCUGUAGCGGAUAAAUUCGUAUCCUGGGAUAUUAUCUGGAUUAAUUAUGAUCCAGUUAUUUACUCGAGGAAACGUGAAAAUUUUCCAACAUCAUUGAAAAAAUGGGUAGAUGAAGAUCUUUUGGCUGUGAAAGAACGUUUAAAAACAAUUGUUAAACGUUCUUUCACCUCUUCCAAUAUCUCAUCUCAUUUACCUGUAUUCAAUUGGAAUGCCGUUUCGGUUAAUCCGGCCGGAUUAACUAUCGAUCGUCGUUCGUGGAUCAAAGAAGAUUUAGGUGCAUGGGACCUACUUGAUUGUAAUUUAUCACCGAAAAUCAUGGCUACUAAUGAACAGCCAAUAAAUAAUCUUAUCAUUUAUAAACUUGAUGAAGAUGGUAUACCAUUAAAUGUUUGGGGCCGUACCGGAUUACGUGGCAAAGGAAAUCUACCACGUUGGGGACCAAAUCAUUAUGUGAUGUUAUUAGUAUCAAGAACUCGAAUUAUUAAUGGUGGUGGUGGCCAAAUUCAUGCUAUACAUGAAUUUGCUUUGGAACGAAAAUAUAGCUCAUUAUUCGCACCGAUGAGAUUUAUUGGUGAUGAUAUUAUGUUCAGUGAUUUACGACAAUUAUUUCGAACGUUUGACAAAAAUUCCAUCUACAAUAAAUGGAAUAAUGAUAAUGAUUUGUUGGAAUAUUUUCGCUCAAUCGAUCCACAGAUAAAAUCGGUGAUACCAGCACAAGCAUAUUAUAUGGACAGUCCAGAUAAUACGGAUAAUGGAUGGAAAGAAGUGAAAAUUUAUCAUUUUCAUUUUAAUGAUAAAAUUGAUUGGAAAUUAACCGAUACAAUGAUUACACGAGAUGAUGAUCAAAAUGAUGAUAUGAAUGAUGGUGAUUAUCGUCAUUCAAAUUGUCCAUCAUCAACGCGUUCACAAUUAUCAUGGAUUAGUUAUAAUGAAGAUAUGCUUGUACAGAUGCCAAUGGAACAGGUACAAUUCAUUGAUAAUGCUAUUCGAAUGAUUAACACUAAUUGGAUAUGAUUUAUUGUUAUAUAAAUAAUAAUUUCAAAACCAAAAAAUAAAUAAUAAAUAAAUCUAUCUAUUACCUUUA